AUGCUAUUGACACAGAGUGUCUUCUGGGUGAUCGUGACGUCAUCUUGGAAUAUUAUCAGUGUUGCCGGUUUUGUUAAAAUUGUAAUGCCACCAUACACGGAUCGUUCGACUUGGGCUUAAUUUGAAGAUUUUCCACACUAUUUAUUUAAAAACAUAACUGUUUUAUCCUAUUCGAUGCUUUUUAAAUUCAAUAAAAGACGUGUUAUGCCAUUUAAAUAUAUUUUUCAUAUAUUUAACUGGCUGUAUAAGUAAGACCAUAGACAAAAAAAAACUCUAUGGUCGUGUCGAUGUGUUUUUGAUGUGUUUUGUCAACAUACGUAUGUCAAUAUUUUAUCGUUUGCUACAAAAUAAAGUUGAAGUUGAAGUUGUUUUGUUGUGGUUUUGUCUGUAGUUGAGGAUAAAGAUGGCUCCACCAUCACUGGAGCAGAUAGAGGCACUCAUGGGCUUCUUGGAGGAAAACAAGGAGCUAGCUCUUGGCCGGUGCAAUCGCUCAAAAGAAGGGCGCAGUUUGGCGAAACGCCUUUGGACAGAAUGUGCCACUAUUUUAAAUAGUGUCUCGGCAGACUGUCCCAGGCGUGAGCCCGAUGCCUGGCGAUUAUACUACAACGAAUACAAAUCGAAGGUUCUGCAUAAAAUUAAAAAACAAAAGCAGGAGCUGUCGGCGACAGGAGGAGGUACAUAUAACAUUAAAGACCUAACUCCUCUUCAGGAGCGUCUCUACGCAAUAUUGGGGAAAGAUGUUGGGGAGCCUUUGCCUGGUGUCCGCCACAAUCCCCUAAAUAAUUCAUCACUUGAGGCAGUGGAGAAUGAAGUCUCAGAAGUGGAUUAUAUCGAGGAAGUGUAAGAAACAUCAAUUUAACAUAUGUAGGUACCUAAUUAGUAGAAAUAUCUGUUAUAUUAAUAUUUUAAUUUUAGAUACCCUUCAACUCUUUGGCUGGGCCAUCAUGGGCAGAACCGACGGCGUUACCGCCACAUGUCGCCGCCAUUGACUCCCCAGAGGUGCUCAUAGAGGUGCUAGCUAGUGAGCUCAACAAUGCUGAGCCGCCAGCGCCGCCAACGCCCCAACCUGCGCCACCAACGCCCCAACCUGCGCGGCCAAUGCCCCAACCUGACUCUGCUGGGCCGCCGAGGCGACGUCGUCGACGACUGAACGAGGGACGUCAUGAUCAAGAACAAACACUUUUGGAGCAGGCUCAGCAGAGGCACUCCGAAAUUGACGCCCAGAACGCCAGGGCGACGGUGAGGCUGGCCGAAAGCCACGAAAGACGGGCUGAAGCCACCUUCAAACUCGCCGAAAGCCAAGUGAAGAUGGCAGAGAGCCAAGAAAAAGAUGCUGAGGGCAAAAUGCAAAUUGCCCAGGCAAUAACUAGGCUCUGUGCUAUAGUAGAAAAUUACGGGGCCAAAUUUUUCCAAACGUCAGUCAGCUCUCCCGUAAAGACGCUCAAGAGGAAACAUAGAACGCCGCCGUCGCCGCCGCCGGAUACUGAUAGCGACUAAUAGCUAUGAUAGGGUAAGAAAACCAAGUUAAACUUUGGCAGCAUAAUCGAGUGUGCCUUUCAGGUUUGUGCCUGUGCAAUUAGAACUGGGGAACUAGGCACAGUCACCUAAGGCGCCAUCUGUAAUUAGCUUUUAAUUAGUUUUUCUCCACAUUAACCAUCUAAUCUCUUGUUAUUAUUAAAUACGUGAUGCUGCCCUUGAUUUUGGAUACACAAAAUAUACUUCCACUAACAUAUUACCUUUCUCUCCACAGCCUAUCAACGAGCGCCUGCUGAAAUGCCCGUCCUUCUAACAGGUCCCUAUUAAUACGACGAUUGCGUUGAUCAUCGUUGAUGGCAUUAAGUAAAAUGCCAGCCUCAGUCGUCAACUGAUUGCCAACCUGAAAAUAUAAUAUAACAUUGUUGAUUUUUCUAGAUUGUUUAAUUUAAAGUUAGAUUAUUGUUGCUUUCUCUACACUGUUUAAUUUAAAGUUAGAUUAUUGUUAUGUUUCUAGAUUGUUUUAUUUAAAUAUACAUCUUAUAUGUAUAUUAAAAUUUAUAGUUAAAACUUUAGGUAAGUACUCUAAUGUAGCAAAUUAAAGACUGAUUAUUGCCAAAUAUAACAUUGUUGAUUUUU